AUGCCUGCCCUAAGAGAGACCCCCUCAUCACAGCUUGCUGUGCAACGGCAUCCUCUCCCUUCGUCAGCGCCUAAGCGCACUGCAUCCCAGAUGGAUGAGGAUACUAACCGGGAGGGUCCCAGCACCCCACCUAGGAGAAUUGCCCGCAGAAACACGCGGGGAAAGAAGACGGCCCCAAAGUCGAGGUUGGAGCGGGACAAGGACGGGAAAAGCCAAUCGCCAAGCCCAUCAAUCUCGCUGCUGGCUGCUCCGACAGAAUACGCCGUAGCGACUCAUUUUACGAUCAUACUGGGACACGGGUGCAUCUACUAUGCGGAGGAUAGCCCUCCACUUUUUGUACCCAGCACAAUGAUGCACAUGCACCUGGCUUCAGGUGCGUAUCCUUACCACUGCCACCAGCUGCAGGCCGCGAGCAUUUCUCAAAUGCAAGGCGUGCAUAUGCCCUCUAUCGGAGCCCCGGUACACGGACAUGGCGUAGGGCUAGGGUGGAACGAGAAUGCCUGGGGUUAUGUGCCAGGGUGUGAAGUGGGAGAUCUCUCACAAAUGCAUGGGAACUUGAACUUCAGCCACAAGCAUUGA